CUUGUGCGUUGUUGUUGCUGCUGGUACUGGUGGUGCUUUGGCAUGGCCCGGACAAAGCAGACGGCGCGGAAAUCCACGGGCGGGAAGGCGCCCCGCAAGCAGCUGGCCACCAAGGCUGCCCGCAAGAGCGCGCCGGCCACGGGCGGCGUCAAGAAGCCGCACCGCUACCGGCCCGGCACGGUGGCGCUGCGCGAGAUCCGCCGCUACCAGAAGUCCACGGAGCUGCUGAUCCGCAAGCUGCCCUUCCAGCGCCUGGUGCGCGAGAUCGCGCAGGACUUCAAGACCGACCUGCGCUUCCAGAGCUCGGCCGUCAUGGCUCUGCAGGAGGCCAGCGAGGCUUAUCUGGUGGGGCUCUUCGAGGACACCAACCUGUGCGCCAUCCACGCCAAGCGCGUCACCAUCAUGCCCAAGGACAUCCAGCUAGCCCGCCGCAUCCGCGGCGAGCGCGCCUAAAUUUUUGGUUCCACCUUGCCUAAACACAAAGGCUCUUUUAAGAGCCACUAUA